UCUGUUUUGUUUUCUACAGGUAGCUCUUGGAGCAUUCUCAUAAAUUUAUUGUAUUUUGUGGAUUUACGUGAUGUCGGGAAACAAGGGGAAAGACGCGUCGGAAAUUUUCUAUUUCUAUUUCCUCAUAGUCGGCACACCACUCGGUCUUCUCUGGGUCUGGCUCGUGAUUUUUCCGUCGGUUUUUCAUUCUUGGACUGAAGCUGCCCCGCAUUACAUCUUGAUGGCUUAUUGUGCCUUCUCCUUUGGUUGGAAUUGGUGGAAGACGUGUGCACUUGGACCAGGGCACAUUGUUGGCGGUGCUGAGAUCACGGGAAAGGACGAUAAAACCUGGUGUGAAGUGUGCCAGUGCAUCAAACCCGAAAGAUCGCAUCAUUGUGCCAAAUGCGGAGUUUGCGUUCUUCAGCGAGAUCAUCACUGCGGAUAUUUGAGUAUGAACCGACUUUUUUUUUUCUCCAAAAGCGUCCACGGUUGCCUGGGAAAUGUGCUGUGUAUAUCGAUGUCUCCUGACGAUGCCUUGCUUUGUCCGGUGACGUCGAUUGCGUUGUGUUGUUCGUAA